AUGCGCAACCUGGACGGUCGAAAGACCCCUUGGUACGAACGAGCGACAUCUGGGAAGAGUAGCCGUGUCCGGGGCAAGAACGUGGUUAUCGCUGUCGACGCUUCAUGGUCGAUGAGCAAGCAUGGAAAGUGGGAGGCUACCGGGAUCGCGGUCCGGAAACUGCUGGACACUUUGGCGCCGGAGGACCGUUUUACUCUUUUUCAGUGGUCGAAUGAAAGUCCAGAAGAGGACGAGGGGGUACUGGUGCAAACGGCACCGAAGAAGUUAGCAUCGCUGGAGCUGCUGGCCGCUUCGCAGGAUAAUGUGCGCAUCGCGAAGAAUUGGAUAAAGAAGAUGGAUCAUAAUUUCGGGUACGGACCAGGGCCGGCGUUUCUGGGGCUCUCGCUUGCGGCGGGAUUCGGUAUCUUCCCCAAGGACGUGAGGGAAAAGUGGGGUACUGAGUCGCUGACGGUCCCUACCCCAACGCAAGACUGCAUCCGAGACGAGGACUUCUGUGGCGGCACCGUCCUUUUGAUCACGGACGCAGAAGUCGGCGACUUGUUUGCUAACCGUGGAAACAAAGAUAAGGCUGCAUCGCUGCAGGCUCUUUUUCCCGAGAGAUGGGGCGUCACUCUCUCCGCCUACGUCAUCGCUCCAGCAACGAAGAACGUGAUUGGCAGCUGGAAGUCUUUCAAGCAACUGUCGGAGAAUCAUGGCGGCUAUCCGGUGCUGAUCGACUACACCAAGAAUGAUAUGGCCUCCACAUCUGAUAUGGCGAGCACGAUUCUGGGCUACCAAAAGAUGGACGAAAGAAAGCUCGUGCAGCAGGAAAAAGUCGCCAAUGUCGUCAAGUGGGUCCGCUACUACGAUCCCCUCACCGGCAGGCAGCGGCUCUCCGCCUGCACAAAAAUCUUCUCGUCCGGUCCGUAUGUAGAAGAGGAAGCAACUUUCAGGGAGCUGAAGCACUACGCUGUUUUUUGCCUUGAUGCUGCCCUGGUCCUGCGUGAGUCCUUUGAAGAGCGCUUGCGCUGUUUGCCGUUCUUGAGGGAAGAAAUCAAGGCGAGGGCAAGAGCGGAGCAGCGCAUAACUGCGCCCUGCCCCGCGUAUGAAUUUCGCGAAGAACGAUGCGCAGCCAACAGCAUGACCGGAAGAGGAGCCUUAUACAACGAAACACUGAACAAGGAAACUUUCUUAUGGCCUAGUGGCAACCCCAUGAAAAGAAUCGGCAAAAAUGCAAAAGCGUUCAAAAUUUCGGGGGAAUCGUUCGAAGAUUUGUCCAACCGGACCAAGUACCUUCGAAGUUGUACCGAAGCUGGAAAGUGUACAAACGCGACCGCCUCCACAGACGGAAGCGGAGAGGACCUGUUCAAAAUGCCUCUGAAUGCCCUCGGCCAAGAGGAUGGGUGUGCCACCACGAGUACCACAACUACGCCAACUCGAACCACCACCAUGAGUACCACCAGAGGCAGCGCCCACGGCGAAAAGAUGCUACCGUCGUCCCGGGACGUCGCGCCAAGUGUGCCACAAGACGCCCCGCCAGGAGGUGUUGAUACGGAUUGCAAAAUCAAUACAAAUACUGUCAGGGAUUGGCAUAUUUUGAAGAUAGACACAUGGUAAAAUUAGUCGUGGUAGUAGUAUGUCAUAAAGAUGAAGACGAUGUGAUGCUGAAAAUUAAAAUUUCGCGACUUCUGCAGCAAGGGCUUGCAAAGCAUACUGCGAAAAAAGAUACCAAUACCGUCGGAUGAAACGCAGGUUCGAUGACGAUUAGUGCACCGAUGAUUUCCGUUCCAAUGCGUAGAAUUAUGCGUUUUAUCAUCGAGCAGAUUAAAAACGAUUUCUUUAUCGCGAACCCUGGCAGAAUGUGUUUGCACGUCUUGAUAAACGACAACGAGUCUUCUUGCGAUUGCUGUGUUGUGCUUAUGCUGAUUGCCGCCGCCCUUCUGGUGAUCCUCGCAGCAGCCCUGUGGCUGCACUUGAAGCGCGCACCAGAAGACACCAGUGGGACUUGACAAUAUUUCGGCACCGGAGUGGCCAACGAAAGCGGAUAGGAGAGCAACGAGGACAGUGGAAACGCUGUCUAAACUGAUGAGUGCUUAAAGAAAGUAGCCACCAGAGGACUUUCAUAGUGAGUAGGUCUCUCAAUUUUGCGGAACGUUUGAUCUUUCCCUUUCGUCGUUUACGUGCUAUGACUUACGUACAAAAAGUAAGAAACACAAAAACAAAAGUCACCCCUUCUUACCAAAGAGUAAAACUGUCACGGCUCGUCUUUAUGUAUACCCCUCGUUUCGCGCCGUACAGAAUCAAAAACUUUCCCCCUUUGAUAGUACCCGGAAGUUUAGAAAUACCCCGUUUUGUUCGCAAUUCCUCUUGUGUUGUUUCUCCAGCCUGAGCCAAAAAAAUGCUUAGCCAGUUCGUAUUUUUUUUUUAUCAGAGUCACGUGGAAUCCGAAUCCACGCGACCAGCCUUAGCAAACACAAACACUUUCUACUAUGCGCUUUUUUGUUGAUUGUAUGCAUCGCUACGCCGCAUUUUCGGAACAGGCGACGACACCAGCCAGAGUAUUUCGCAUUCUUCAUGAGGAGAAUUUUUGAGGUUCUUUGAUUGAUCGGACCAAAUUUUCAGUACGGGGGUGUCGAGUCGUCUUCGAACGUUUAUCAAGUCAUCG